GUUAUGACCUGAUAGAAUGGCUGAUGGAGCGCCUAGGAAUCGAAGAAUCCGAAGCACUCAACAUAGCCAAUCAACUGUGUCAAUACGGGUAUUUUUUUCCUAUCAGUGAUUCCAAGAACCUAGUCGUCAAGGAUGACAGCUCUCUCUAUCGGUUUCAGAACCCCUAUUACUGGCCUUGGCAGAACCGCCCUCCAGAUAACGUCGAAUACGCCAUUUAUUUAACAAAAAGAACGCUACGGAAUAAGCAGAGGCAUGGAUUGGAAGACUACGAGGUAGAGGCUCUCACCAACCUCAAGAAGAAUUUAGCCAAUAAAUGGGAUUUCAUCGUAUCGCAAGCUGAAGAACAAGUAAAGCAGUCGAAAGGACUGAAAAAGGCAGAUAAGCUGAUAAGCGACAGUCAAGAGAGAGCUUAUUGGAGAGUUCACAGACCACCCCCUGGAAUGGUUAGUCCCUUAGAGCAAUGUCCUGUGCCUACAAGAACGUGGAGUACCGGUUGUCGGACGAGAAAAAGAACUAUCGAGGAUUGUCGGAGAGAGGUGAGGAAUAUUCGUGUUCCAAAUGAACUACAGUAUAUUCAGAUAAGAGAUAGACCGGAUGUAAACAAAAGGUUCGGGUGA